CAAGCAUGAGACUGAGCGACCUGCGCUACUGUUAUAACGACGCGCUGGUGACUUUCAGUGUAUCAGUCGGUCCGGGAACAGACCGACAAAUACGCACGGAGGAGCGGAGCGCGCUGGUUCAAGACUGAGGAUGAAAGUAAAACACAUCAUGACAUGAGAAGACGAAAUGCUGCUGCUCUUCUCGCGUUGUUUCAUCAAUAAAUCUUAAGUCACAGGACGAGAUCACACCUGAGAAGAUCCUUUGAAAAGUCUCAGCAUAUGGAGCAGAUGGGUGAAAGCUGAGACGGCAGAAGGAAAAACAUAGCAGGAAAGAGCACAGCCAUGGGUGACGUCUCACUUCCUGGGCUGGAGAUGAUGGAUGAACUGUGGGAGAACAGCAGCUCCACCAGUCCCUCGCCUGGUCUCCCACUGUUUCUGCUCAUGUUCAACGACAGUGAUCUGAAUGAGACCCUGUUCAACACCACCAGGGCUCCAGUUUCUCCAGAUACCAGUGUGGAAGGGAUCCUCAUCACACUCAUCUACAUCAUUGUUUGCAUCAUUGGCCUAGGUGGAAACACUUUAGUCAUCCACAUUGUGCUGCACUACUCAAAGACAGAGUCAGUGACCAAUAUCUAUAUCCUCAACUUAGCCAUUGCUGAUGAGCUGUUCAUGCUCGGCCUGCCCUUCCUGGCAGUGCAGAAUACCCUCCGGUCAUGGCCCUUUGGCUCCUUCAUGUGCCGACUGGUCCUGACUGUCGACUUCAUCAACCAAUUCACCAGCAUCUUCUGCCUUACUGUGAUGAGCAUUGACCGCUACCUCGCUGUGGUCCACCCCAUUCGGUCUUCAAAGUGGCGUCGCCCUCAAGUGGCCAAAGUGGUGAAUGGCACAGUGUGGGCACUAUCGUUUCUUGUUGUUAUGCCUGUGGUGAUCUUUGCCAACAUCCAGAAGGCAGAAGGCCUCUGUAACAUUGCCUGGCCUCAGCCGACUAACAUCUGGCAGGCAGCCUUCAUCAUCUACACCUCUACCGUAGGAUUCUUCUGCCCCCUUCUUAUAAUCUGCCUCUGCUACUUGCUCAUUGUCUUUAAGAUUCGCAGCUCGGGUAAGAAAGUUCACGCCACCUCAACCAAGCGAAGGAAGUCAGAGCGUAAAGUAACACGCAUGGUAGUGAUUGUUGUUGCUGUAUUUGUCUUCUGCUGGUUGCCUUUUUAUGCCCUCAACAUCAUCAACCUGCUGGUGGACCUGCCUUCAGAGUACCGAGGGCUUUACUACUUUGUUGUAGUGCUUGGCUACGCUAACAGCUGCGCCAACCCCAUUGUCUACGGCUUCUUGUCAGACAACUUCAAGAGGGGUUUCCGGAAAGCACUCUGCCGCUCCACGAGAAAGGUAGAGAACCAAGGGCCCAUGGAGCACCAGCAGCAGCAGGAGGAAGGGAGGAGGGCACUCAUGCCCAGGGAGAGCCUGCGACGGGUGAUCAGGGUUGAAGAGGAGGACGAUGAAGAAGACGUCUCAGAAAUGACUGAAAUCUACAGAAUCGCCCAAAAUGGUAACAGCAGCUUCCAGCCACAGAGCUCACAGCUCUCAGAGAAAGGAACGAUUCCAGGCGCAAGAGAACUGUCAUCCCCAGAAAAGAAGGACAAAGCUGGGGACAUGAAAGGGAAAGAUCCGGUCAACGGGCCCACACUCACUGCACCAUUAAUUCUCAAUGGAGCCAAAAAUGGCAGCAUUAAAACUCUGCCAGAAGAAAACCUGGAUCAGAGCACCUCAUUAGAGAUUAGUUAUUUAUAAAGUAAAAUAUGGAUUCUAAGCUUAUUUUAGCUCAAGUGAACUCAGUAUUACAACACAAGGCAGCCUGCUUCAAACCAAUAACAUACAGUUGCUUGAAAUGAAAAAGCCCAUUAAAGCUACAGUAUGUAACUUAAGGUAGCACUAGGAUGAAACUCCAAAUCAAUCCACUCUGCUCUGCCCAGAGC